AUGCACGCCCUCUGGCUCCUCGCCGCGGCGGCCGCUUCGCGGGCCCUCCGCUGCACCGCCCAACCGGGCCCCGCCGCGGCCGCGCCCGGGCCUUCCACGAGGAGAAUCCCGGACAGGCUCCUGUUCAACCACAGGGUGAACCUGCUGAAGAGGCCGAAGAGGGACAGAGACCGUGCCGCCAACGUGCGGCGGACGAUCGGCCUGGUGCACGGCGUCUCCGAGGUGCAGUUCCUCGACGACGACGAGUGCAGCACGCUGAUCGCGUCGACGCACUCCCAGCGGCUGGCCUCCUACUUCGACGAGGAGCCGAUCGGCAUGUACAAGUCGGACAUCUGCAGACUCGCGCAGCUGGCUGCUGGCGGCUACUACCUCGACACGGACCUGGAGGUGCUGCGAGACUUCCGUACCACUUUGCCUGAGGAGGUCGACUUCGUGUCCGUCAUUGCGUUCCAGUGGAUCGGCCCGAAAAACCCGAACGAGAUGUACAAUGCGUUCAUUGGCGCCGCAGCGGGUCAUCCAGUGGUCCGCCGGGCUAUGGACAUGUGCCUGGAAUACUACGACGGGCGCAACCGAACCCUGGUGACAGCUCUGGGCGAGCACAUGCGAGGCACCAUGCUGAUGCGCAUGGCAUACGAAGAGUGGGCCGGCGAGGAGAUGGCCAGCGGACCGCAGGUGCGCCCCCCGUCCGGGCUCUCGUACUUCUGGGACGAGGAGCGCCUCAACCAGGACGUGUACCCGGACGUGGUCCCCCAAGAGGGCGAGGGCACGAACUGCAACGUUGCGGUGGUGGACCGUUCCCAGCAGGUGGCGCUGUUCUUCUCCCACUCCGUGGGCAGGACGACCUCCUGCCGCCCCAGGGGCUCCGGCAUCUCCGCGUCGCGGUCCAGCGCCGAGCUCUGA